AUGGACUUUUCGGGUGGUGUUUCGGGUUUGGGUGACGAUGAGGGCGAAACUCCUCCGGUUCUUGACGGGAUCGCAGCUGUUGUCGGGCAGCAUGUGCUGUUUGGGAGUCCUAGCCAGAAGAAAAGAGCUGUGAGCGAGAGCUCGGACACUGGGUUGGCGGGCUUCGGGUCGGAUCCGGGGAGCAGUGGUCCCGGUUCGGACGUUUCGGCGGCGCAGAGGAGAUAUAGAGGGGUGAGGAAGAGGCCAUGGGGGAGGUGGUCGGCGGAGAUAAGGGACAGGAUCGGGCGGUGCCGCCACUGGCUGGGGACGUUUGACACGGCGGAAGAGGCGGCGCGUGCAUACGACGCGGCGGCGAGGCGGCUGAGGGGUUCCAAGGCGAGGACCAACUUCGAGAUUCCCCCGGUGUUGCCCAUUUUGCCGACGCCGUCUUCAUCCGAGCUAGCGAAGACGAGUGGGGGUGGGAGAGAGGGUAGUAAGCAAAAGGCGCACAAUAGCAGGAAGUGCUCAGUGGUGACUUCAGUCGCGCACCUAUUCGGUACCAGCACUGCUGCAGAAGUUAAAGGUCGAGAAAAUAAUAAUGUGGAGCUUGACUUGAAGCUCGGUGUGAGCUUCACUCCCAGUCAAAAGAACUUUCACAUGUUGAGGAAAUGA